AUGCCUCCCUCGCGCGCGCUAGCGGCUCGGCGAGGUCGGCCGGCGCGAGCACAACCCCAAGACGAUGCCGUAACGCGUAAGCGGGUGGCUGCGCCGCCGCUGCGCCGUCGGGGCGACGGCGACGGCGGCGACGGCGGCAGCGGGCCGGGCAGCGGCGGUGGCGGUGGCGGUGGUAAGGGCGGCGGCGUCGAGGGCGGCGGCGUCGAGGGCGGCGGCGGCGACGGCGGCGGCGGGCUCGGUGGGGGCGGCGACGGCGGCGACGGCGGCGGCGGGCUGGGCGGCGGCGGGCUGGGCGGCGGCGGGCUGGGCGGCGGCGGCGGCGGCAACGGCGGGCUCGGUGGGGGCGGCGACGGUAGAGGCGGCGAGGGAGGCGGCAGGCUCGGAGGCGGCGAUGAGGGACGCGUGGCUAGGGCGGCGGCGGCGAGGGCGGAUGUGGCGAGGGCGGAUGCGGCGGCGGCGGACUGGGCGGAGGCGGGCUGGGCGGCGGAGAGGACUGGGCGGCGUGCGGCGACGGCUGCGGCGGCGAGGGCAGCGGCGGCGACGGUGGCGGAAGUGAGGGCGGCGGCGGCAACGGCGGCGGCGGCGACGGCGGCGGCGGGCUCAGUGGGGGCAGCGACGCUGCGGGCCGCGGCGGGUCCUGGCGACCCCUCGAGGGAGGCCAGGGUGGCCAGGGCAGCAGUCACAGCCUGGGAGGAAAAGUGCGCCGCCGACGCGCACUUCUCGCGCGGGUCAUUCUCGGAGCUGUCGGGGGCGUGCGAAGCUACCGCCUGCGAACGGCCGGUUGGCAGACGUCAUGGCCGGCAUGUACGACCCUUAAGAACCCGCGUACGACCAGAAGGUCGGCUGUGA